CGAGAUUCGUUCGAUCGCUUUCUUUCAUUUUAUUCCCAAAACAGAAAAACUUGGUAAAUUAAUGAUAAAGUAUGUUGCUUUGAACACCAUAAAUUGCAACAAGUUUUAAAGCGUCGUUGCCGGUCAUGGUGGCAUAAACUUCGAGAUGUCUAGUAGCAGUUCUUUAUUAUUUUCUAUCAAUAAUGAAGGCAAAGUGUACGCACUAUCAACUAGUGGAUCAUGCUGGAGAGAAUUUAUGUAUCUUGGCUUAGAAUUUAAAACAUUGUCUGCAGUACCUCAUUUUCUAUGGGCUGUUGGAGGUGACCGACAAAUAUAUCUUCAUGUCCAUGGCUUAGAAAUUCCAAUACGCGUAAAAGAGGAAUCUUUUGAAAAUGAGAGGUGGUUACCAUUAGAAGGAUUUAGUGGCCGAUUGCUUCCUACAGAUAGAUAUCAUUUUUCCUCCCAAGAUGGUACGAAAGAUAGGUCAAUUGAUCGUAUACGUUUACCAUCCAUGGCAUGGCAGUGGGAAGGGGAUUGGCAAUUGGAAUUAACAUUGGAUGGACAACCCCUUGACCACGACGGCUGGAGUUAUGCAGUUGACUUUCCUGCUCAAUUCAGUACAGUAAAACAAUGGAAGUCUUGUGUUAGAAGGAGAAAAUGGAUAAGGUAUCGAAAAUUUAGUGCAAUGAAUUCCUGGUGUGCCAUUGCCCCUCUCCAUAAAGACCCAACUCAAGAACCUUUCAUUGAUGUUAGUAUAGGUGGUAAUGACAUUCCAUAUGCACUGCCAGGUUCACUGUCAGUGUGGUCAAUAACAGCUCAUGGUAGAGUCAUGUGUAGAUCCGGAGUGAGUACAACUUCACCAGAAGGUUUGAAAUGGAUAAAUGUAAGUAUACCCCCAAACUGUGAUAUUAAACAGAUAUCUGUUGGGCCUACUGGCCUGGUGUGGGCUUUACUCUGGCAUGGUCGGGCAAUUGUACGAAAGGGUAUUACUAAAGAUUGUACUACAGGUGAUGGUUGGCUUGAAGUGAAAUCACCUAAUGAAACAAAACUUUCAUCUGUGUCUGUAGGGUACAAUGCUGUAUGGGCUGUUAGUUCUGAUGCUCGAGUUUGGUUUAGAAAAGGUAUUGAUGGCACCUUAGCUGGAUCUUCUGAGGUUGCUGCAAUGGGAAAUGGUUGGUUAGAGAUCACUGGAAAUAUGAUUCAUAUUUCUGUUGGUAGAAAUGAUCAAGUUUUUGCUAUCGGAGAGACAGAUAAAUCAAUUUAUUGGCGAAGUGGAAUUACACCUUCUGAGUUAACAGGAAAAAGAUGGAGAAUGGUACAGGCUAAUAUGCAACUUAGUCGUACAUCAAGUACUGCCAGUGUUAUGUCUUCAGCUUCUAAUCCUAAGCAUCACAGUUUGAAUACUCUUAAUGAAACUGGACCCGAACUCAAAUCCAAUAUUAAAUUAAAUAAUUCCUGGGAGGAAUCCCAUUCCGCCCCUAUCGAGCACACUCUGCCAGUAAAAUCUGCUAAAGAGAGACGUUCUAAAGGAAAUGCUCAUGUUGAACAUGUUGAUAUGACUGGUAAAAGCUAUGAAACUACACUGAAAAAUCCUCGUGCUUGGAGCCCUGUUCGAAGUGUUGGGUCAGUAGUUGGCAUGGAAGCCCAACCUGAUAGUGAUAGCAGUGUCUUUGAUGUAGAUUCAGGUAUGUAUUUUGAUGAGGAAGUAAGUCAAACAGCUUGGGGUACAUGUGAUACCACUUGGACAUUUGUUGAUGCUGGUGCUUGUUGCGUGGACACAGUUCAGAUUCCUCAUUGGUUCACUGAUAAUCAAAAUGCACAUAAUUCUGAUUUAUCAACCAAGUGGAGAAUCCAAAUUUUGGAGAGCCUAAAGAAUAGAAAUCAAGGGUAUAAUAUUGACUUAUCAAAUUAUGGUAUUGCUAUUGAGGAAAAAGGGUGGACGCGCAGUUGUGAAUCAAGAUUGAUUAAUGCUAACAAUACUGGUGAGGACUGCAUACUAUCCCUCUACUGGCAUGCUUUAGAAAAUAUUGGAACCCUUUCAGUAUUUCAACCAGAUGGAACAAUAAAAUUUAUAUUGAAUUUAGGUGAAGUCACAAGUGUUUUUACAUCAUCAGAACCAGGGUGUCCAAGGGUAACUUUGAUAGUUCCUAGACAACUUAAGGAUGGUAUCAAAGUCCAGUUCAUAUCUGAAAUGGAACAGGAGGAAUGGCUGUGUGUAUUAGUAGACAUAACAUCACAAAUAAAUACACUAUCUGGAAAACCUUCACCUAAUUCAUUAUGGGCAAUCACUAACUCUGGAGAUAUAAUUAAUUGGGACCCAAAGGCAGCAAAAUUAAAUGCUGAUAAUAAUGGUUUAUACACCAAAGAAUUUCAAGUAUUUGGAAAAGAUAUUUUGUCUGGGUUCUCAACCAAUUUGAGUAGUAGUUUUCCACCUGGCAGUACAUUAAAAGUUGUAGGAAGCUUAAAUGAUAAUAUAAAAAGAUUUCAUAUAAACUUGCAAGGGCCCGAAAUUAAAAAACAAAGGCACAAAAUAGAGGUGGAAGUUACAGACAUUCCCUUACAUUUUAAUGUUAGAUUUGAUGAAUCUAUUGUUGUAUGCAAUACAAAGAUAUUUGGCAAUUGGGGAUGUGAAGAACGGCAUGAGCUGCCUCUUACACCAGGCCAAGAAUUUAGUAUUAAAAUCAUUUGCCAAGAACAGGGCUUUAAAGUAACAGUCAAUGAAAAAAGCUAUUGCUUUUUUGAACAUAGACUGAAUCCUGAAACUAUAACAACAGUGUCGGUCAAAGGCCCUCUAAAACUUUUCUCUAUGGAAUACAGCACAAAUAGCAUAAUUAUAGAUCCAGAAGAAAUGGUUUGGCGUGUUAUGGGAGGAUACUUACGCAAAGUUGAGUGUUGUCAAAAUGGAAUUGUCUGGGGAAUCAGUCAUGAUCAUAGAGCCUGGGUUUACACAGGAGGAUGGGGAGGUGGUGGCCUAAAAGCAUUAAGCACAAAGGAAGGUAUCAAUUCUAUGACAGACACGCAAACAUAUUGUGUUUAUGAAAACCAGAGAUGGAACCCACUCACUGGUUAUACAUCAACUGGACUACCUACAGACCGCUAUAUGUGGAGCGACAUUACUGGAAAACACAAAAGAACACGCGAACAUACAAAAUUGCUCAGUCGUCAUUGGCAUUGGAUAUCGGAAUGGAUGAUCGAUUACAAUACUCCCGGUGGUGUAGAUAGUGAUGGGUGGCAAUACGCGACGGACUUCCCGGCGCCUUAUCAUGGGAAGAAAUUGUUCACCGACUGCGUACGACGCAGACGUUGGUAUCGUAAAGCUCAAAUCGUCACAGAAGGACCCUGGUAUCGUGCCGGUGGCACUGCUUUGUUGGACAUCUCCCUAUGGAAUGAUGGCGAGGAAACGUCCGUUUGGGCAAUCACUUUAGGGGGGGAGGCUAUUUACCGUACCGGAGUAACUGCAAAUACCCCUGCGGGCGUCCACUGGGAGCAUGUAAAUAGCCCUCAAUCUUUCAUUGCCAUAAGUACCGACAAUUACUUAAUCUGGGCUGUGGGACGAAAAGGAGAAAUUUAUUAUAGAGAAAACUCAUGUAAAGAGAACGUAGCCGGAAUAAGUUGGAGGAUAAUAGAAGCUCCAAAAUGUAAUAAUAAUUUUAAUCAAAAAUCUGUGGGAGCCAAGUCUGUAUCACUAACUAAACAUUCAGCUUGGGUUUUACUAUCGAAUGGUGUUUUUGCUGUUCGAACUGAAAUAAGUGCAGAUCACUGUGAUGGAAAACAAUGGAAAUAUUUAACAGAAUGCGAAACAACGUUCAAAGACGUGUCGGUGAUAGAGCAAGAGGUGUGGGCGGUGAGUUCGGACGGCGCGCUGCAUCGACGGCUCGGAGUCUCCGCGGACAGUCCCGCGGGGAACGCGUGGCAAUUGGUGCACGUCGGGCCUAUAGUCCACGCCUCGGCUAGAGGAAGCUCCUUACACUCAACUUAGAGUUGACUAACCAAUCACUACAACGCUACAGAAGUCCAGAGUUUUUUACCAGCAUCACCGGCAACGCGUGGAAUUGCGCACACUAGAGUAAAUUAUACAAUUACGUGACUGUACAACGGCAAAGAACUUUAAUUUUUUACCAGCAUCGCCGGCAACGCGUGGAAUUACGCACACUAGUAUAAAUUAUACAAUUACUUGACUGGACAACGUUAAUGAACAUAAGAUUUGCACACCAGCGCCACUAGUAAUGCCAGUCCUACUCAAAGAACACAGAAAGACGUUAGAAGGGCCUUGUGGGCGGGUUAGGCGCGCCACACUGUUGUGUGAGCGAAUAUUCAUAACUUGGUUCUGAUUGCGUCGUUGCUUAGGUGUGAGCGCUGAUUAGGUCGAUUGUUUGAUGUCGCGUCGUUUGAUUGGCUAUAAAGUAGAAGUGUAGUGAGGGCGAGCCGGCUACAUCGGUUACUGUACAAACGGUCUAUGAGCACACUUCUAACCUCUUUCUGUGUUCUGUGGUCCUACUAUAGUCCACGCCUCGGCAAGGGAAAGCUCGUUACACUAAACUAAUGAACCACGUGACUGUACAACGUUAACGAAACCCGUUGAAAGGGUUUUAUGUUAAAUGAGUGGUGUUGAGCGUGAAAACUUAAGAAAUUAAUAACAUUUAAGAACCCAAGAUUUUAACUAGCGCCACUGGCAACACAUGGAGUUGUGUGUAGGAGUAAAUUUUACAAUCACGUGACUGUAAAAAUGUUAAAGAACUUUAAAUUUUUACCAGCGCCACUGGUAACGCGUGGCUAUUGGUGGACGCCGGGCCUAUAGUCCAUUACUUCGCCAAAGGAAGCUAGUUACACUAGAAUAAACUAACCAAACACGUGACCAACGCCAAAGAACUAAAUAUUUUUACCAAAUAAUCAUGUCGCGUAUUGCGUCAGUAUUGGCUAUUAUAGUGACUUCAGAGAACACUUGAGUAAGAAUGUCUACAAUUUUAGUUGUGAUGAAAACAAAGUUAAAGUCACUCUACGCAAGGGAAACAAUGAGGGUUUUCUGGAAUGACGGGCACCAGGUGGCAGUACUCAGACGAAAGGUGUACUUAUCCGUAAAAUCUCAUAUGUCUUCAUAGUCUAUGGAUCCAUUUAAAUGCUCGUCCGAUUAGUUCGCGCAAAAAACUUUCAUACAAAAGACCUCACGUCACAGUAGCGCCAACUGGUGACAUAUAUUUUCAUAAACAAAAAAGGAAAUAGAACUGUACCCCUAGCACGAACCAUUAACUAAUAACAUUUCGCACUCGCAAACUAUUCGAAUGCGAUAAUGGUUCGUGCUAGGGGUACUGAAGUUAAUUGCGAUGGUUCUUUCGCGAUUUAAAUGUGACUACUAUUUACAUUCCUAGUAUUUAUUAUUUCCAAUAAUAUUUAUUAAGCUUAAAUAACUACUGC